AGCAGAACGGCCCUAGUGCGGAGCUCCGCGGGUUUUGAGAAUGUCUAGCAAGAAAUCAAAGAAGAAGAAACACAAAAAGGAUGAAAGAAUGUCAUCAAGCUCUUUGCGUGAAGAUGAGAAGAAGGAGAAAGGCACAAAGAGAUUCAGCAGCCCAAAGAGCAAACACAAACAUCAUCAUCGGUAUGUAAGUUCUGACAAAGAUGAAGCUAAAUGGAGGAGGGCUGUUGACUCACCAUCAGCAAGAGGAUUUGAUACGAAAUUAAAGAAGACCGAUGCUGGAGACAACAAGAGGAAGAAAGAAAGAUCCAGAGAAAGCAAAGAAACUGAGAAUUCCAGGCCAGUUUUCAAGUCACCUGUCACACAUGAUAAAGAGCAAGUGAAUCCCAAAGGGAAGCAUGAAAUUGCAAGCGCCCAUGUCUCAGGGAAAAGCUCCAGCAGGCAUGCAGGAUUAAACCAGCCUUCUUCAAAGGAUUUGGAGAAGAAGAGACAGGAGCUAGUGUCGAGGAGAUCUGCAACAGAGGAUUGCAGGCGGACGCCUGCAAAGGAUGAUUGUUCCACUGAGAAACUCCAGGAGAAAAAGCGGAAACCCAUGAAGAGGACUUUGUCACCAGAACUUCAUGCUGAACCCAAGCGAAGAGAUGACAAUAACAUGACCAAAGUAGCACAUGCAGACUGUAAUUCUGAAGUUCAAAAAGAAAUGUUGGUGGGCAGGAGUUUCAAGAAGUUCAACCAAACUGUUGGUGCACAGAGUUCUCGUGGUAAAACUGGUAAUGACAACCCCAAAGAAGCUUUGCCAGUAGUGAAACAUGUAAAUUCUGGAUCUAAACUGAAAUUACUAGAGGAUAUUUCACCCAAGAUGCAAGACCAUGUACAGUUGGGUAAUGUACCUGGUGAAAACUUAAAAGAAAAAAGGCCAUUCUUUGGUGGUCCCACAGCAAAAGUCACUUUCAAGAUCCCUAUGAAAGCCACUGCUGUUAAAGUUCGGACAAACACAAAUAUGUUUAAUGUGCAUUCUUCAGAUAGCAGUACUCAAUGUUCCACUCAGCCUUAUCUUGCUGGCUUUACUCCAUCUAAACGCAAAUAUUUUAUCGCACAACAGCAAGUACAGAGGCCUAAAGAAGUUUUGCCUCAGACCUCUCAUAGACCCUCUUCUCUUUGCCCAUCACGUCCUUCAUAUGUUUCUCAGCAAGUCCAGCAAGUGCACACUGACAAAACAAGAGAGGUCUCGAUUCAAAGCAAUACUUCCUGUAAGGCACAAAAUAUAACUCCCCAAGAAGCUGAAGAGACCUUUGACUGUGAUCAUGAGAUGCAGCUGGUGGAGGAACUUCAUCUGGCACGUUCUGAGAGGAGACUGGAGGUGAACUUGGUGGAGAACUGUGGAGAGCUCACCUGCAUGGACAUUGACCCCCCAGAAGAGGGUGCCAGCACUAUGCUAAAUCAACAUAAACAGGCCCUUCUUAUAGUCCUGGAUACCAAUGUGCUGCUCAGCCACCUGGAGUUUGUGAAGAAGAUCAGGUCACAUGGUCUCAGUGGACUGGGGUUUCCCACUUUGCUGAUCCCAUGGGUUGUGCUGCAGGAGUUGGACUAUCUGAAGAGUGGUAAACUCUCCAGCAAGGUGGAGGACAAAGCCAGGCCAGCUGUCCACUACAUCUACAGCUGCCUGAAAAACCAGGAGCCCAGACUCAUGGGCCAGUCAAUGCAGCAAGCCUCCCAAGCUGCCUGUGGGCCUGGUGUUGUGAACAAUGAUGACAGAGUGCUGGAGUGUUGUCUGCAGUACCAGGCUCUGUUCCCAGAGGGAGCUCUAGUUCUUUGCACCAAUGAUAAGAACUUGUGUAGCAAGGCUUUGCUCAGUGGGGUAAAGGCCCUGAGUAAGGCAGACUUGGUAAAAGAGGUGGAGGGAACCAGAUCUUCAAUCCUAAACUACUUUCAUGCUCACCCUGCUGUGCCGCCCACAGCUGGACCUGUAGAUAAAGCAGAGAAGGAAGGACCGCAAAAGAAUAGAAGCAGAAAUGCAGCGGAGGAGCGACAGUUGAGUGAAUGUGUGUCUUUGCUGGAGUCCUGCCUACAGGGGGCGCUCUCUGAGGUGCUUGAGGAGGAGAUGAAGGCAGCUUAUGGAGACCUGUGGACUGAGAUCGUGUACGUGAAGCCUCCAUGGAGUCUGGAUGGGCUGCUGAAGUGUUUUAAGAAGCACUGGAUCGCUGUCUUCGGAAGCAUUAUAAAGAGGAGCCUGCUCAGCUCUGUGGAGAUGCUGAGUGACUGUCUCUGUUCAGACAGGUCCAUAGAGCACAGAUCUGUUCACAGUGCUGUGAGAUUGGCUGCAGAGCUGCUGUCGGCACUGGCUGGCAGAUCUCAGUACAACGGUCUUGUAGCUCAUGCUCUCUCGACCCUUUAUAUGCUACAGCAAAGACUACAGUCUCUGAAAGCUCCAGUAGAGGACGAUGACUCUAAAAAUGAGGACUCCCUAAUGACAGAGAUAGAGGAGGAUGUUGCUCCACCUCCUCUGACAUCUCAUCAGGAAGUUUGGGCAUUGUUUGAGAGCAUCUGGAACAACGUGUGUCAGAUAAGUUCGGCUUUGUUCUCAGCACUCCACUACACUCCAGGAACCACUGAGCCCAGCCUGCGAUCUACCUCACCCCUGCCUCAGGACGCCCUCUCCUGCCUGCAAAGGCUCUCUACUGCACUGAAACAGCUACUGGAGGCUCUUCAGAGACUGUUAUCUGCGGACAGCAGUGUUCAGGAUGCACAGUCACUUCUCUCCUUCAUUCAGUCCAGUAAGAUUGCUGCUAUGGAGCCACGUUUCACUGCCAUGGACCUGUUUGAUUGUGUGUCUCAACAGGAAUACCGGGAGAAGCUGUGUGUGGGUGGUGCGCAGCUGUCUGAGCUGUAUGCAAAUCUAGAUCACUGUGGUGCUGCUCUGAGCUCUUGGCCCUGAUUUAACACCCCACUUUCCAUGUUUGGACCCAGCCAACUGUCUACUUGCUAUUGGUUCGGACUCCUUUGGACCGACCUGGCUUUUGGUAGCGGAGUCAUAAUCGUCUGGAACCAAAGCUGUACCAGCCUACUGAUUCUCUGUCCUUGUAACAUCCUGUAGCAGUCAGUGCAUCAGUCACGUGACCCUGACAUGUUAUGCAAAAGUAACUUGGCAUCAAGGGUUAACAGUCUAUAUAGACAAGAAUUCAUCAGUUUACACCAUGUUCUAGUUCAUGUUUUAUUUAUAAGCUUUAAUAUAUUUUAAUUGUAUUAAACUAUUUGGAUUAUUUAUUGAUUAUUUUACCUUACUUUAUAGAUAAUGUGUUCCCUUCUGGGAAAAAUAAACUCUUUUAGUGAUGAUUCAUUUUUUUGUAUAGGUCUGUUGGGGUUUUUGGUGUUUUAUACCGCAUAGAAGGUAGAAUUGCCAUAUGUUCAAAUUCUGAUGUGCCACUUUAAAAGUCUUUCUAACGUCCACAAGCUGUUGUGGUAACAGGUUAUUAUGUGUU